GAUAUGUUCUGCUGCUGCAGACAAAUUCCUCGAACAAGGCCAAAUCGCCUUGACAUGCAUGCGUGGUGUUCGCAGUCAACGACCCGUAUGCAGCACCCUUUAGACCGCCGCACCCUUCACUCUCGGCGCGAUCCCCGCCUGGCGCUUUGCUGCCCACCAAGCCACCCCUUCAGACUCCCCCCUUGAGGUUGAGUUCACGGACUUGGCUCACGAAAUGCCUCAUACAAGCCGCAAGAAAAAGAACCUUCACAGCAAGAGGAGGGAGAUCGUGGACCAUGAUGGCUGGACGAGGGUCACAUCCAGCUCUUCCACGCCGCUGAGGAUCGGGCUGAACCAGACCGCGAACGAGUCAGAGCAGGCCCCGAAUGGGUUGACGGGCUCCGCUACUCUCGUAGAGCGCCUCCCAUCGCUCCCACUUCCAAUGCCGGCCGCGAAAGGAUUGACACUUGAGACUAUGAGGGCGCAGUUCGCUGGGAUUCAGGCGAGAUGGCUAGAAACGGACCUUUGCAGAAAGCUUGAACAAAUGCUGACGGACAAAGUCUUGACUUCUGGAUGUUCCAUCUCUAACUGCGCCGUGUUCGGGACAGGCAGCUUCUGCGGUGAUGCGGUUCACUGGGUGGACAGACACGAGUCGGCCUAUUUCCAACUGGCGGCUUUCCGUACCGUGGUCCAGACGAUAGAACGAGUGCAGGGACAUGUGGUCCGAGCUUAUGCCCAGGAGCCGUAUUACAAUGAGCUCGAUACCCUUUUCCUGGCCAGCAUAGAUGUCGCGAAAAUUGAUCAUCCACGGGGAUUUGAACUGCUUGACCGGAAUUCGUUCGUCUACUCCCCGGCCGCGGAACAAGAGGUUGAGAGCCAGAUUAUAGCUCGCGCUCCAUGGAUGUGGUUGCACAGAUCUUUCGACCACUCACUUCAAGGCGGCAGGGAUUCAGAUGCAAGCUCUGAAGCGAAGACCCAGUUCAAAAAGAGCCAUGAGCACGCCGUCCUGCCCGAGUUGGACCUCAAAAACUUCCCGUUCCAUGGCUCCGUGAUCUGGUGGCGCAGAACCGAUGACAUGGAUGAGCGUGUGCAAGUUUCAUGAGAAUUUCUAUCCAUUUAUUCCCGACCUACUUGAUCUCUGCGCUUUGGAUGACUGUCCCAAAGGCAUCGUUUAAUUCCUUCAAUACUGCCUCGGUGACCUCGGCUCCGCCAAACCCGGGAAUCUACGAGGUAACAAGCGGUCAGAGAUGGUCUUGGUCUGAGGGGAUUUUGUGGUGAAGUUCCAUGGAAGCGCGAGUAGACCGAGCCAUUGUCUUCUUCGAACACUGGCGAAGGGGCUGGGGUGCGCAUGAACGACUUACAUCUCGAUCCCCAAUGGCAUCACUGGCCAAGACGACGUUGUACCCCAAGUCAUUGCCUGCUCGCGCGGUGGUGCUCACACAGACAUGUGCCAUGUAACCGGUCAUGACGGUCUUCUUGCCCCUCUCCCCCAGACUGGUCAGGUACUCGUGCAGAUCCGUGCCGGAGAAGCUCGAAAUGGCCUCCUUCUGGAUCACCUUCUCGCCCGGACGGGCCUUCAACUCGUCGAAUUCCUCGGCCAGCGGGGUAUUGGGGGUGAAGACCGGGGCGCCCUCCGGAGUCUUGUGGACGACGUGGACGAUGUUUUUCCCGUCCCCGGCGGCACGGUACUUCUCCAGCAGCGAGGCAAUGGCCUUGCGCGUCUGGUCGACGUUGACGGUCUUGAGGUUUCCCUGGGCGUACCUGAGCCACAGUCAGGUUCAGACACAGGGGAAGGAGACGAGGUGUUAGGGAGAGGGCCGAUGGGUUGCAGUGAUUGUUCAAGCUCACUCGUUCUGCGCAUCGAUGAUGAUCAGCGUGCUGUCGCUCGGGGUGGCCGUGGCAGGCGGAGCGCCGAGCAUCUCCCUUAGAGACUUGACUUGAGUUGCAGAGGCCAUUGUGGAACGAUGAUCUGAUCUGGAGUCGCUGUGUGCGUGUGGUGCCUCGGGUCGACCAGCCGCUCUUCUCGGACGGAGGGGUUCUAAUACUAAGUCUGAAGAGCGUUGGGGCUAAAUGGCGUUUAUAUGUGGUUUUCGUCCGUCCGUCAAAUCAUGGGGACGUUGAAUUAAAAAGAUCCCGAACACUUCCCC